GGGUAAUAUGAAUCUAUGGGAUUAUUGCAUGUCGUCUGCAUAAUUCGAAGUAAUGUUUAUCUUGUACCCUUGUUAGGUUUCAAUGUGUGCUCGUAACAUGAUUUAAGGAUUAACGUAUGCCAGAAAUAACAUGGGAGCUUUAUUUGGCAAGAGAAGAAAAACCGAAAGCAAAGUCACUGAAUACGACAAAUCUGUUUUGCAAAUGAAGAGCCAGCGGGACAAAAUACGUCAGUACCAGCGGAGAAUAGAACAGAACCUAGGUCGAGAUAGAGAUCUCGCCCGUCAGUUGCUUCACGAUGGGAAGAAGGAGCGGGCCAAGCUGCUGCUGCGGAAGAAGCGCUACCAGGAGCAGCUGCUGGCGAGGACGGACGGCCAGCUGGAGAACAUUGAGAAGAUGAUUCACGACGUGGAGUUCUCGCAGGUUGAGCUGCAGGUAAUGGACGGCCUGAAAGCGGGCAACGAAGCGCUGAAGAAGAUCCACCAGGUGCUGACUGUGGACGAGGUGGAACGCAUCCUCGACGAGACGCGCGAAGGCGUUGAGAAGCAGAGGGAGUUGGAUGAGCUGCUCAGCGGGGCGCUGACGGACGAGGACGAGGCGGCCGUGGAGGAGGAGCUGGAGGCUCUGGUGGGGCCCGCCUUGCCGGAGGUCCCCGCGGAGGAGCUGCCGGAGGUCCCCGCGGAGGAGCUGCCGGAGGUCCCCACGGAGACCGUCGGGGACGGGCCGUCAGGGAAGACCCAGGAGCAGCUCGAGAAAGAACGAAGACGUGCGAAGGAACGACGAGAAAAAGUUGCUCUGGAGGCAGCAUGAAGAGACUAGGUGAAACAAAAGUGCAAGACUUGAUGAGUGGACAAAUUUUUGGUUACAGAUUAAAUAACCUAUCAAUGAGACAUUUAUUGAAGAAUACAGUAUCAAGUAUUUUGUCUGUUGUACGUAUUUGCUGAAGAGUGCAUGUUCCAAACAUACUGUGUUGUCAUUGGUAACAAAAACAAAGUAAAUGUUUUUGUAAGACUGAAAUAUAAAUUGGGCCUACCUAGCCAUGUUGAAAUAAAUUUUAAUAUGAGGUAUAUUUCACUAGCCGGGGUCUGCAAAUUAAAUACAUAGAAUUUUUUUUU